AUGGCUAGUCGUAGUGAUGGCUCUGGCAGCGGUCAGGGCGACUACGGAGAGGAUUGGGCUCGGGAUCUGCGAAUCCAAUUCGAACAGCUGCUAAGAACAAAGCGAUUAACCGAAAUUGAGCAGUCGCGAGCGAAUCGAUCACGCCUAGACUCACCAAAUCCCCGAGAAAGAGCAUCGUCAUCAAACCUCCGAGCACCGGCGACGCCCUCCGGUAGUAAUAGUAGACCUUCUUCUUCUUACGGCCCAAGCCAUGGCCGCAGCUCUCCCGCGUUACCACCUUCGUACUCUUCCUUGCGUAACCUACCCAAGAUUCCAACUCCGCCGUCGCCGCACGACAAGGAGUCGCAGAAAUUUCGUAGUCUGAUCCUAUCGCUGUCGCAGACGCCGACGAAGUAUGAGAACCCCGGUCUGCUCGACGAGGCGCUUCAGGCAAUUCCUCUGGAUAGGAUAUACGGCGAAGCUGAAGAGGAGUCUCAGGUAUUGCAGGCGCAGGCGGAAAGUAUGGGUGACGGUCGCAAGCCAGAAUGGGGAUACCAAGAUUGCGUGAUUCGAGCACUAUUAAGAUGGUUCAAGAGAACAUUCUUUACAUGGGUCAACAACCCGCCGUGCCCCGUAUGCUUCUCGCCAACCGUCGCAAAGGGCAUGACGCAGCCGACGCCAGAGGAAAACGCCUUUGGUGCAUUGCGGGUAGAGCUAUACGAAUGUUCCAACCAGGCGUGCAGAGCAUACGAGCGAUUCCCGCGGUACAGCGACGUCUGGCGGCUGUUGCAGACGAGACGGGGCCGAUGCGGUGAGUGGGCUAACUGCUUCAGCAUGCUGUGUCGGGCCGUUGGCGGCCGCGUGCGCUGGGUAUGGAACGCCGAAGACCAUGUAUGGACCGAGGUUUAUUCGGAACAUAAACAGCGAUGGAUCCACGUUGACGCGUGCGAAGAAGCGUGGGAUAACCCACGCCUCUAUACCGAAGGUUGGGGUAAGCAGAUGUCGUACUGCAUUGCCUUCAGCGCAGACGGUGCAACCGAUGUCACCCGCAGAUAUGUGCGCAAAAGUGAGCACGCGCUCGAGAGGAACAAGUGCCCCGAAGAGGUAAUGCUCUAUAUCAUGCAGGAAAUCAAGACCAUCCGACGCGCCAACAUGAGCAAGGAGGAGCGAUUCCGAUUAGAGAAGGAAGACUCGAGAGAGGAUCGCGAGCUUCGAGGCUACGUAGUCGCUUCGAUCACGCAGGCAGUUACGCGAAUGGUUCCCGGCUCACCGAGCUCUCCGUCUGGCUCUACAAGUCGGCCUUCUGUCUCUCCUUCUGGUAGCGAUGAUCAAAAGCUGCCUGCCGAACAGCCCACCCGGCAGAGUGGUAAUUCUGAAUGGGUUGCUGCUCGCGGAGAGAACGGUCGGCGCAACCAACAAUUUCAGGAUCCGAGAGAUCCACAUCGAAGAUAA